CUCUGAGCACCACUGUGAGACAACAGCACGUGAGGAUUUUUAACUAACCUAUGCACCAUCAUCUGAUCUCAUUUAUUCACAUUUACUUCAUACAUUUUAUUCUUUUUUAUUAUCUGAGUUCAACCUUUCAUAAUCUUAUUUUUUCAUAUUUUUUCAACCUUUCAUAAUCUUCUCUGCUAUACUCCACAUCACUCUGUAAUCAUUUUACCCUCUCUUUCACCACCCCGGUCUCUUUUAUUUUCUACAUUUUCCUGUGGAGACUCAUGAACGGCUCUUACCAUCACAUGCUCCUGUGGGACAGCUUUAUGAACAACCACACUGCAGAGUACGAGAAUGGGAGCAUGUUGCUGUGGCUCUCGAACAGCAGUGUCGCUCCUCCUCCGUCAGGUCCACCAGGUCUGUCAGGUACGUCAGGGGCGCUGUGCCAGCAGGUUCAGAUCCAGGCUGAAGUUUUCCUUGCACUUGGGAUCAUCAGCCUUCUGGAGAACAUCUUGGUCAUUUCUGCAGUGGUGAAAAACAAGAAUCUCCAUUCUCCCAUGUAUUUCUUUCUCUGCAGCCUGGCAGCGGCAGACAUGCUCGUGAGUGUCUCCAAUUCCUUGGAGACGAUUGUGAUCGCCAUUCUCAGAAACAAUCUCCUCAAGCUCAGCGACUAUUUUGUGCGUUUGAUGGAUAAUAUUUUUGAUUCCAUGAUUUGUAUCUCUCUGGUAGCAUCCAUAUGUAACCUCCUGGCUAUUGCAGUUGACCGAUAUGUCACCAUAUUCUAUGCAUUACGCUAUCACAGUAUUGUAACUGCACACCGUGCAUUAAGUGCCAUUGGUACCAUAUGGCUCACCUGCAUCAUCUGCGGCAUUGUCUUCAUCGUAUACUCUGAGAGCAAGAUGGUCAUUAUUUGUCUAAUUACAAUGUUCUUUACAAUGCUGGCACUGAUGGCAACACUCUACGUUCACAUGUUUUUGCUUGCCCGACUCCAUGUCCAACGCAUUGCUGCAUUACCAGCUGCAGCAGCUGCUGCUGGUGACCCGGCGCCACGGCAUUGCAGCUGCUUGAAGGGAGCAGUGACUAUCACCAUCCUCUUGGGGGUGUUUGUGUGCUGCUGGGCACCCUUCUUCCUCCACCUCAUCCUCCUAGUGGCAUGCCCACGCCACCCACUCUGCCUGUGUUACAUGUCACACUUCACCACCUACCUGGUGCUCAUCAUGUGUAACUCAGUCAUCGACCCCAUCAUCUAUGCUUUCCGGAGCCUGGAGAUGAGAAAGACUUUUAGAGAAAUCCUCUGCUGCUUUGGUGCAGGAUGCCCAGCUCCAGCCUGCGAGCGAGAACGAGAGAUGAACACGGAGAGACCACGGGAGAGAACACAAGAACGGGAGAAGGAGAGUGAGACAGAGUGAGAGUGAAAGGUAGACUGAAAGGAAAACAGAGAGUGGGAGAGUAGUGCUGGGCUAUGUUCAAAAGAUGUAGAAAAUAGAGGGGAAUUAUGGUAUGGUGUGUGUGUGUGUGUGUGUGUGUGUGUGUGUGUGUGUGUGUGUGUGUGUGUGUGUGUGUGUGUGUGUGUGUGUGUGUGUGUGUGUGUGUGUGUGUGAAAAUUUAAGUACUGAGUUAGCUUUUGUAGAAGACAUUAGCAUGGUUAUAUUUUGGAAGUGAAUAUACAUAUAGAUUGUGGUUAUUUAUAUGUGGGUGUUUGGGAAAUUCAGGGUUUAGAUAAUUAUAUGACAUAGAAGUCUAUGAAAGCUAUGAAAUCUUUAAAACUGUGAUUCACACAACUCACACAAGAAACAAUUCUUGUAUCUACACAUAUUACAGUUCUUAUUAACUUAAAAAAAAUCAUGAUAUGGAUGCCUGUUUAAUCUGAGCUGUUAUUUUCCAGUUCAGAAGUCACUGUGAGUCUCAGUACUAAUAUACCAUUUGUACUAAAUACUAAUGCAAAAUAUAUUUUUCUGAACAUCACUGAUGUAUAAUAAAAUAUUUAAAGCAAAAUGUUUAUGUAAAUAGUUCUAUAUUUAAAAUCAGUGUUAUGCUUCGAAAUAAUAGCUGCUUC